AUGAUCCGCCUCAUCCUUACGGCAACCGCGAUAAUAACCAGCUCGUCGGCAAUCUACUUCUACAUCUUCCACGAACGCCUAUCAAAACGCAUAGCGCACAAGUCCCACCUUGGAACCCUCACCGCAUCCACAAAACCAAGUAUAGAAUCAAUCCCGGAAACCGUCUUUAGUGAUGAGUACUUCACAAUCUACGACCACGCCUCAGAGUCAGUCCCGCGGGCCUGCCUCCCUAGCAGUGAGGCCACAGACCUGCUCUUUAAAAGACUCGUGCGCCGCAAUAUGACCGCUUUCUCGCGGUUCCCGCAGGCGCUCAUGCUUGCUAUGGCUAGCAAGAAGCCGGAACAGAAGCAGAGUUUUAAGACGGGAUAUCUUGCCGCGCUGGAUUUUGAGGUUGGGGAUUUGGUUUGUGGGGUUUAUCGUGUUGUGGUACGGAGGAGGGACCGGGUUGAGUUUGAGAUUAAGAUGGAGACGGUGGAUUUUGUGGAAGGAAGGUUGGCGAUUAGUUAUGAGGAAAGUAGUAGUCUGGAGGAGGAAGGGAAGGUUGUGUUUUGUAGUGAGACUGUUAUGUGGAGGAGAGCGGAUGAGGGUAGGAGGAUGCCGUUGGAGAGGCCUGUUUUGAGAUGGAUGCACGAGACUGCUUCUUGGUGGCUGAUGGACUCUGGAGAAUACACCAACAAGAUCCGCCUGGCCGGUCCAGAGAGCAGCGUAUCCUGCAACCAGAUCAAACCCUCCCACGACCUCCUCCUCUCCACCCAGCCCAGCAUGUGCGUGCAGUGCGAGAGCGAGUGGGCUGAUAACGUCUCUCAAGAAGACGACCAGACGCAAACCGCCAAAUCUUACCGGACGAUUGAAGGCCUGGAUGCUACAGGCCAUGUGAUCGAAGUUAGCGCGCGCAUGGUGAGUGAUCCCACUCCCGAUGACAGGGAAACAAGUAGUACUGACCACAGCGACGAUGGUCAGCUCUGCUCGCGUGCUGUUGUCAGCGAAUCAGAGUCGGAUUACGGAAGCCUGGCCCGUUCUGAGAGGUCGUCUAGCACGGCCUUUAAAUUGGCUCGUACUAAUUCCGGUUCGUCCGAGAUAGCUGCAGAUCCUGACUCUUUUGCAUCUAUAACCAUCAAGACCAGUCCGGCUCAUCUUGCCCAUAGCGGAUGUGAGAGUGACUAUUCAAAGGAAAGUGUUGAGACUGAAUCGCCGGAUACUGAGGGCACUGGAUGUGCUACUCCCAGCAAUGUAAGCAGCUGCGACACGGAUAGUUCUGGAUCGUCGCUUUGCGGAUCUUCUUUGAUAAGGUACAAUAUACUUAAGCUGAGAAUUGACGAAUAUUUCGAGAAGCGACAGCGGCGGCGGGAGGUGGACACUGACCACCAACAGCCCGAAGCUGACGACUCCGGUGUGGAUGUGCGUAUUUAUCUUGCUGAUGUAGACCAUCCUCAUCCUGCUCUGGGGGACAGGCCUCCCGCGGACUCAGUUGAUAGCCCUGAGGUUGACUAUGACUCGUCCGAAGAGUCCGCUCUUGACAUUGACCUUGUGCAGCAGCGUAUUGAAGCGACCGUUCUGAAGUGCAUUGAAGAAAAUGAUGAAAAAAAAGCCCGGGAGAAGGCCAUGUCCAAGCUCCUAGACACCGCACUUCUAAAGAAGGACCGGGACGACCGGCGCGAGAAGAACGCCGAGCUGGGUAUCGAAGAAGACCCCCAUAUCUGGGACACAGAGUCCCUUGUCCAAAUGUGGGAGGCGAAGAAUUCCAUCCCCGCACCCCCCGAUGACACCAGCAUCGCCAUUUCCCCACGCAAUUGUACAUCCCCCAAGAGCCAACAGGCCCCACCAGGCCCAGACCCCCGGCCUCAGAAGCACAUGUACAUGGGCAGCAUGUUUGCAAGCGAAGAAUCUGCCUACCAACGAGGGCUGCGCGAAAUCCGGCCGUACGGCGAUUACUCAGGUGAGUGGGAAGGGUUUAUGAUGGCGGAUUCUGAAGACGACGCGAACCGCCAGGGCCUACUUGACCCGAUUCAUGUGCGAGGAUGCUGUGCGGAGCGACGAGCCGACUUUCACCUCUACUAUGGAGUAAUGCAUGCACCAUCGGAGGUGGAGGCAGAAAAGCGCUGGCUGGAGGAUAUCCGUCGGAUCCCCGGCGAGGACGGCAAGUUCUACGGGUUGCUGCGGGCGGAUGAUUUGCACCACGCCCGCGCGAUGGGACUUUCGGAUAUCCGCCAUCCAUGGGGGUGUUGCAAGGACGCACACUUUACGAUGCCGGAGCGCGUGCGUCAUAGGUACACUGGGUUUAUGAGUGCGAUCUCCCUGAAGGAGGUUGGGCAUAUGGGCCUCUGUGAUGCGGCGCCGGUUCCUGGUGAAUGUGAUGCUUUUCAGAUGGGAUUGAAGGAUCCUGAACAUGAUCGGGAUUGUUGUGCGAAGGCCGAGGUUAGCGUGUCGAUCUCUGAGGCGGGGCAAUACACGUAUUACGGCUAUAUGUAUGCGCGUUCUGAGGAGGAGGUUGUGGAUAGGGGUCUGAAGGAUGCCCUGCUUGUUCCUGGAUUUGAGAUCAAGUAUUCUGGGAAUUUGCAGGCGGGAUCUGAGGAGGAGGCCAAAGCCAUGGGACUUUUUGAGCCUUCACGUAUUAAGUGA